UGAUAAGCUGCCAAGGCUACUGACGUUAAGGAUUGCCUAUGUGUUGCGUAACGUAGCCAACUGUGAUGAUGUGCUAUCCGAAGUUCGGUUAAACAUUAAUCUCAUUCUGCGAAACUUUCUGCAUUCAUGUAUUGGUUUCUCGUCUGAAAGGGAAACGAAAAUGUCGAUAUAUGAAUUCACGUGGACUAUUGAAAAUUUCAGCAUGUGUCAUCAUUCAACUGGACUCAGUCUUCGAAGCCCGACUUUUAUAUUGAGUGCUUUACCUGGAAUGGUGUGGUCUCUGAAUAUAUAUCCACGGGGUGAAAAAAGUAAAGAAUGCAUAGAUGUACUUAUCAUGAGAUGUGAUGAUCUUCCUCGAAAAUGUGAAAUAGUAUACUCAGUUUGCACCAUGGAUAAAGAUGGGAACACUAUACAAAAACAAGAAAACGAGCAACGUACAUUUGCAGCCGGAGAAGGAUGGGGAUGUAGUAGUUUUUUCGAAAGAAAACGGCAUCUUAAUGACAAAGAUAAUCUUGUCAUAAACUGUAAUUUAUGUCUUCUUCAAGUGUGUGACGAAAGUGACCAAAAGCGCUUACAUCAUGAUUUCAUACGCUUUUACGACAGUGGGUUAUUCACUGAUAUCACUUUGCGUACCAGUGAUACAAGUUUCAAAGUGCAUAAAUGUCUUUUGAGCAUACGAUGGCCCGCAUUGUUUGAAAAGCUAGAAAAAAAGAAAGCCGAUGAGGAAUCUUUUGAUGUCAGCACAUCUGUAUUGGAGACAAUGAUAAAUUACAUUUAUUCUGGGAAUCUAGACUGCCAAAAUUCUCAGUUAAGAGCAGAAGUAUUUGCAGCUGCAAUAAAAUAUGACCUCACAAAUCUCGGAUGUAAUUUGUGUUUACCUGUUACGAAUUUCAAAGCUCGGACACGCAUCAAUGCAGAAGAAAUGUUCUUUGAUUGGAAAAUUCCCGCCUUAACCACAAUACCCAAUAAUGCAUCCAUACACAGUGAUGUUUUUUCAGUAGAUUUACUGAAGUUUCAUGGCUGGAAAAUAAUUUUCCGCUUGCGAUCACUUUCGUAUGGGAAAAAGCCUUUUGAUAUUUUCCUUUGUAAAGUGUAUGGUGGUAACGUGAAGCCUAUUUUUGUAAAAAGUAGAAUAUUUCGCAAUUUAUAUUUUGACAUUCAGAGUGAACAUCUGUUUCAAGCAGAUGAAGAAUGGAAAUGUGCUGAUGCUAGUGAUGAAGAUUUGAAUGACUGUCUAGUUCUUCACUGUCACUUCACUUUUACAGAUCUGGGUGAGAUUUCAGAGAUCACAAGAAGGAGUUGCGUUACAACAUCGUCCAGCUCUGAUUGUAAUCAAUCUUUCAAAACUAAUCUUAAGUUUUUCGAUUAUGUCAGUGAUAAUCUUCGCCAACUUUAUAAAACGAGAAAGCUGUCAGAUGUUAAAAUUGUGGCUGGUUCCGAAACAUUUCUUGUUCACAAAAUUGUUCUGUCUGCAAGAUCACCGGUAUUCUCCAAAAUGUUCGAAAACGAAAUGGUUGAAGCCAAAAGCAACACAAUUAAUAUUCAAGACACGGAACCUUCAAUUCUAAACACGAUGCUUUGUUAUAUGUAUACCGCUGAUUUGGAUCAACCGCUGAAGGAAUGUGCUCUUUCUUUGUAUGAAGCGGCGGAUAAGUACGAUAUUCCUACUUUAAAGGAAAAGUGUGCUUCGUUUUUAAAAUCAAAUAUUUCGGUAAAAAAUGUGUGUGAAGUGCUUUUAUUGGCAGACAUGCAUGAAGAUAAGAAAUUAUUCGAGAAAGUGAGUGAUUUUAUAGCUGCUCACGCCGAGGAGGUUUUCACUACCAACGAAUGGCCAAGUUUUGUGGAUGCAAGACCAAAAACAGCAGCAAAAAUUUUGCAGGAGAUUGUUGUUGUGUUACGUAACGAUUCUGAGAAGAAAUCAAAGAAAUAGUUUUGUAAAUUUAAACAAAUAAUUUUAUAUUUGUACACUGAUAUUUUUCCUUAUAUUUUGAUUCAGCUCUAGUGUGUAUUGCAUCGAAUCCACUACAGUAAAUGCUGAAUUUUUAUUAUCAUUAUUAUUGUCAUAAAAACGAAUGUUUGUUUAAUAUGUUUGCUUUUUCAGCAGCCUUUUUAUUUAAUUACUGAAAUACAAAUCAGAAUCUAAUUAUAUCGUAUAUUACGUAAAUUUGCGUAUUUUGUUUAAAUCAUGUAGUAAAAAGAAAAAUGUAUUCGUAGUUUUUUGCUAAAUACUGAUAGUUCUCGGCAGUGAACUGAGAAAAUAUUUGCUCUAUUAAAUUUCAAAUAUCCAAAAUAUUAAGUAUUGCUGACUUUUAAGACAUUGAUUAUGCAUACUGUAUUGCAAUUUAAAAGUUAAAAAGUUUUUAAAAAUUGAAAUUUAGGAAAUUGUUUGCUAGACUUCUUAUAUUUCUUAAUUUUCUGUAUUUUGGUCCAUUUAUAUACAGUUUUGAAAGUGUUAAAAAGUACUUGAAUUGAUAAUGCGUAUUAUUUUUAAGUGCUAAUAAUAAAAAUGUGUAAUAUUUCAGUUUAAUUGGGUAUAAUGUAUAAGCUAAACUGUGAUAAAAUGCAGUCGCCAAUGUGCAUAUUUGGAGUUAACGGUGUACAAUACAUUCUGACAUUGGAACAAUAUGUAGUAUCGAAUUUGAUUUUGACACCUUAUCAAUUAUGUUUUAUUAAUUCGCUUUAUUUUAUUUUAUUAAUUAGGAGAUAAUUUAUUAGAAUCCUACGUUUGUUUAUUUUGUCUAUUAGUUUAUUAGAAUAUUACGUUUGUUUAUUUUGUCUAUUAGUUUAUUAGAAUCCUACAUUUGUUACGUACACUUUGCAAAAUAUCAAAAGUACUUAUAUAUCUGUGAAACAGUACUGCUUAUUAUGUCUAAAUGCUUAUAAAAAUUGUAUAAUAUUAAUGCUGAACUGCAUAUUAUUUGUAAGCUAAUUUUCAUUCGUAAUAAAAUGUUGUUGCCAGUGGGCAUAUUUGGA